CUAGGUUUCAACUGCGCCCAGCGCCGCCGCGUCCAAGUCGAGUCGCUCGCUAGUAGCGGACGGGAAUCAUUACCGGCCGCCGCAAACAAUUUCCCAGUUUGUUUUCCUCCUUCCUGGCGCACCGCAGGUUUCACCGUCGGCUGGCACUUCUCGUUCUUUCCCAUCGCGGCAGCCUACCGCCGUGAGCCGCCGCUGGAGAAAAGGGCUGCCGUUCUGUUCUGGCCGUUUCCGAGCCGUUCUUUUGCCGUUAAAACGUCCGAGAACAGAGCCAAGUCAUUUUCCGGAAUUUUGGAACGGCGUGAGGGUCGAGGUCAGACGGCGAUAUGGAGGACGACUAUGCAAUGAUGGACAACGACGAUGACGACGACAUCACCCAGGAGGACGCCUGGGCGGUGAUCAGCGCCUACUUCGAGGAGAAGGGUCUUGUGCGGCAGCAGCUGGACUCCUUCGACGAGUUCAUCCAGAACACUAUGCAGGAGAUCGUGGAUGAGUCCUCGGACAUUGAGAUCCGCCCCGAGUCCCAGCAUAACCCGGGCCGCCAGUCUGACUUCAUCGAGACUAUUUAUAAGAUAAGCUUUGGGCAGAUAUAUUUGAGCAGGCCUAUGAUGACAGAGUCUGAUGGUGAAACUGCUACAUUAUUCCCAAAAGCAGCAAGAUUGAGGAACUUGACUUAUUCUGCUCCAUUGUAUGUUGACGUCACUAAAAGAAUUAUAAAGAAGGGUCAUGAUUGUGAAGAAGUGACAGAGACUCAAGAUUUUGCAAAAGUGUUUAUCGGAAAGGUGCCUAUAAUGCUCCGGUCCAGUUAUUGCACUUUGUAUCAGAACUCUGAGAAGGAUCUCACUGAACUUGGGGAGUGUCCUUAUGAUCAAGGAGGAUAUUUCAUCAUCAAUGGAAGUGAAAAGGUGCUUAUUGCACAGGAAAAGAUGAGCACCAAUCAUGUAUAUGUAUUUAAGAAAAGGCAGCCAAACAAGUUUGCUUAUGUAGCUGAAGUUAGGUCUAUGGCUGAGAACCAAAACAGGCCAGCAAGCAGCAUGUUUGUCCGCAUGCUUUCUCGUGCAAGUGCAAAAGGGGGUUCAUCUGGACAAUACAUUCGAGCGACUCUCCCCUAUAUCCGAGCUGAUAUCCCUAUAAUAAUUAUCUUCCGGGCAUUAGGUUUUGUUGCUGAUAAGGAUAUACUCGAACACAUAUGCUAUGAAUUUUCUGAUUCUCAAAUGAUGGAAUUGCUGAGACCCUCCCUCGAGGAAGCAUUUGUUAUUCAGAACCAACAGGUGGCACUGGACUAUAUUGGUAAAAGAGGAGCAACAGUUGGUGUCACAAGGGACAAGCGGAUCAAGUAUGCCAAAGAAAUUCUUCAAAAAGAAAUGUUGCCUCAUGUUGGUGUUGGUGAAUACUGUGAAACAAAAAAAGCCUAUUACUUUGGAUAUAUCAUUCAUCGUCUAUUGUUGUGCGCCCUUGGACGAAGACCAGAAGAUGAUAGGGAUCACUAUGGCAACAAAAGGCUGGAUCUUGCUGGUCCUCUGCUUGGUGGCUUGUUCCGAAUGCUCUUUAGAAAAUUGACAAGGGAUGUGAGAUCCUAUGUUCAAAAGUGUGUUGACAAUGGAAAGGAUGUGAACUUGCAAUUUGCAAUCAAAGCUAAGACUAUUACUAGUGGUCUAAAGUACUCCCUUGCAACUGGAAAUUGGGGACAGGCUAAUCAAGCUGGUACUAGGGCAGGCGUUUCACAGGUGUUGAAUCGAUUGACAUAUGCAUCCACACUAUCUCACCUACGGAGGUUAAAUUCUCCCAUAGGACGUGAAGGGAAACUAGCAAAGCCUCGUCAGUUGCAUAAUUCUCACUGGGGCAUGAUGUGUCCUGCUGAAACACCUGAAGGACAGGCUUGUGGCCUUGUCAAGAAUCUAGCAUUAAUGGUGUACAUAACAGUAGGAUCUGCUGCAAAUCCAAUAUUGGAGUUUUUAGACGAGUGGAGUACUGAGAACUUUGAGGAAAUCUCUCCGGCUGUUAUUCCACAGUCAACAAAAAUUUUUGUCAAUGGCUGUUGGGUUGGGAUUCACAGAAACCCAGAGAUGUUGGUUAAAACCUUAAGACAAUUGAGGAGACAGAUUGAUGUCAACACUGAGGUGGGAGUCAUACGGGACAUUCCGCUGAAAGAAUUGCGCCUUUAUACUGACUAUGGUCGCUGCAGUCGUCCACUUUUUAUUGUUGAAAAGCAAAGGCUUUUGAUCAAGAAAAAGGACAUUCGAGCACUGCAACAGAGGGAAACUCCUGAGGAAGGUUGGCAUGACCUUGUUGCUAAAGGAUUCAUUGAAUACAUAGACACUGAGGAAGAAGAAACUACCAUGAUUUCAAUGACAAUCAAUGAUCUUGUGAAUGCAAGGCAGAAUCCCGAGGAGGCUUAUUGUGAUACUUACACUCAUUGUGAGAUCCAUCCUUCGUUGAUAUUGGGUGUUUGUGCAUCUAUCAUUCCCUUUCCCGACCACAAUCAAUCUCCUCGUAAUACAUAUCAAUCAGCAAUGGGUAAACAAGCCAUGGGAAUAUACGUCACAAAUUAUCAAUUAAGAAUGGACACACUAGCUUAUGUUCUGUACUACCCUCAGAAGCCACUCGUUACAACUCGUGCUAUGGAACAUUUACACUUUAGGCAACUCCCAGCUGGCAUUAAUGCUAUUGUCGCCAUUUCUUGUUAUUCUGGGUAUAACCAAGAAGAUUCUGUCAUCAUGAACCAAUCUUCGAUAGAUCGUGGGUUCUUCAGAUCCUUAUUCUUCCGUUCCUACAGAGAUGAGGAAAAGAAAAUGGGAACUCUUGUUAAGGAGGAUUUUGGGCAACCAAAUAGGGAUAACACUAUGGGCAUGCGUCAUGGUUCCUAUGAAAAAUUGGAUGAUGAUGGUCUUGCACCUCCUGGUACAAGGGUCUCAGGUGAAGAUGUUAUAAUUGGGAAGACAAGCCCUAUUGCUCAAGACGAUUCACAAGGACAAGCUUCAAGAUACACCCGACGAGACCAUAGUACUAGUUUACGGCACAGUGAGAGUGGGAUGGUGGAUCAGGUUUUGUUAACUACAAAUGCGGAUGGGUUGAGGUUUGUGAAAGUGAGGGUGCGAUCUGUGCGGAUACCACAAAUCGGAGACAAAUUUAGUAGCCGACAUGGUCAGAAGGGAACUGUUGGUAUGACAUACACGCAGGAAGAUAUGCCAUGGACAGUCGAAGGCAUUACCCCUGACAUUAUUGUGAACCCGCAUGCUAUACCUUCUCGAAUGACCAUCGGUCAGCUGAUUGAAUGUAUCAUGGGUAAAGUUGCUGCUCAUAUGGGAAAGGAGGGUGAUGCUACGCCAUUCACUGAUGUCACUGUUGACAAUAUCAGCAAGGCUCUUCACAAGUGUGGUUAUCAAAUGCGUGGUUUUGAAACCAUGUAUAAUGGUCAUACAGGACGAAGGCUGCCUGCCAUGAUAUUCCUUGGUCCUACCUAUUACCAGAGAUUGAAACACAUGGUCGAUGACAAGAUCCAUUCUCGAGGGCGUGGACCUGUGCAAAUUCUGACAAGGCAGCCUGCGGAAGGACGUUCUCGAGACGGUGGCCUCAGGUUCGGAGAGAUGGAGCGAGACUGCAUGAUUGCCCAUGGUGCUGCACACUUCCUCAAGGAACGACUAUUUGACCAAAGUGAUGCAUACAGGGUGCAUGUGUGUGAGAAAUGUGGGCUCGUAGCCAUUGCCAAUCUCAAGAAGAGUUCCUUUGAAUGCAGAGGGUGUAAGAACAAAACCGACAUUGUUCAAGUACACAUACCAUAUGCGUGCAAGCUUCUAUUCCAAGAACUGAUGGCCAUGGCUAUCGCGCCAAGGAUGCUCACCAAAGAACAGCAGCUAGCUAAAGAUCAAAAGAAGAAAUGAGAAUCAUCAGGUGCUCUGGAUGAUCGGUUAAAGAAUCUCCAUACUUGGAUAAUUCAAGCCGUUAGCAUGUGAUGCCAAGCUCAAUGCGUCUCAUUGUGUGGACGUUUAGUUACCGCAGAAUAACAGGGACCCCUGUGACUUUAAGCUUCUGCUUAUCUGCAACGAGAAAAUAGUUUUCUCUGGAGUCAAGUUUGUGCACGUGCUUGGAGAAAGACGGUUUUCUACCAUGGAACUGGUAGAGUUAUGUUGUAAGUAUACAUAUUAUGAUGUAUCCAAGUUUAGAUAAUAUUGAACCCGGAUGGUUGAUUGUACUCGUAAAAUGUUAAGAUGUAACAAACUUGUAGUCUAUUUGGAAAAUUUUAGCAAGUUUUUAA